AUAUUUCAAUUUAAAGAAAAAAACAAAAAAACAAUUUGCUACAAACAAAAGCAAUAUAAUCAAGACAAGAAAUAAUGGGACCACAAUUAGAAGGUUCGACAAACAAUUAUGAUGAUGACUGUAGUGACCAAGAAGAGGUGGUUACUGAAAAUGUUCCUGAUGCAAAUAACUGUGAUGACAGUAAAGUGGUCUUUAAUAAUGGGAAAUGGAGCUCCUAUACUCCCCAACAACUGAAGAGGCCCAAAACUACAAAGCUAUCAUGUACGCAAACGGUACAAAAUAAAAGAUAUAUUUCUGUUAACUAUCUACUAAUGAAAGGAAGGAUGAAGUUUUUGAAACUACGAAAAGAAAAAUGCAUCGAAGAACACAAUAAAAAAAUGGAAUUAUAUAAAAAAAAGGUUCAGCUGUUAGAUUUACAGAUCAAUGCAUUGGAUAAAAAGAAAACAAAGGAUUUAUUUUGUUAAUUUCUGGAACAUUUUCACUUUCAC